CCGCGCGCCCGCACGUCCGUCCGCCUGCGAGUACCGCGAGUUGUUGCGGUCCCAGCUGCGGUAAUCCGCUGAUGAGUCGGCUGCAGUAAAAAGACCUACAGCUACAAGCGUGCGUCGCGCUCCUCUUGGUUGCAGUUUUCGCACUUGGAUCGGAGUUCUGAGAGUUGCGCACAGAUCGUCCGAAAAUGGGGCUACAGAUCACAGUGGAACCAGUGGUGUUUCUAUUCUUCGCCACCAUGCAUCUGGAGAUGAGCGCUGUCCAGGACAUUAUAAACACAAAGUGUUGCUUCAGGCACCUCAACACAACCAAUGUUGCAGACUGUCACUCGGCCCAGAACCAGACACGUACUGACAUCAAAGCUGAAGCCUCAGUGUGGAUUGCUUUCUACUACGGGACAAUGUCUAUUCUGACUCUGAUCUGCGGUAUGUGGGUUGGAUCGUGGAAUGAUCGCUUUGGUCGCAAGCGGCCCAUGCUUGUCCCCCUUGUUGGGGGGAUGGCAAGUGUGCUGAACUUCAUUUUUCUCUCACACUACCUCAAUAGCAGCGUAUCACUUGUCAUGAUCAGUGCCGUAUUGGUUGGCAUAUCCACCGGAUCUUUGGGAGUAAUAUCAAGCUGCUUUGGCUAUCUCACUGAUGUGACGCCUUUCCAGUCCCGGAGCCGCCGAAUUUCGAUACUGGAAGCCAUGAUCUUCACUGGAGGGGCACUUGGAAUGUACCUUGUUGGAGGCAUGCUCAAGACAACUACUUAUGAAGUGAUCUUUUUAGUUGAGCUCUUCAUCUAUGCAGCUGCCGUCUUCUACGUUUUGCUUGUGAUCCACGACAAAGUGCCCACUGAAGCAAGUGUUGACACUGGAAUGGAGCGCCCUGGAAUCUUCUCCUUUCGGCAUGUGACGGACAUGGCAAUGACUGUUUUCAGGCUGCGAGAUCGGGGCAACAGAGCCCAUGUCAUUCUUCUGCUUCUUGCUGCUUUUGCGAUGUUCUAUGGCCUAGCAGCCCAGACCUACUUGACGUACACAUUCUUGACCGAUGAGCCACUUCGUUGGACCGCAAGUCAUUACAGUUUCCUGCAAGGAGUCAAUAUUGCUGUGGAAGGGGUAGCCCUCCUGGUAGUGCUACCUUUGGCCUACCGCUUCUUGAGCAUUUCUGAUGCUUUUGCUGGCCUCCUUGGAUCACUUUCAAGGUUCUUGGGUCUCUUGUGGCUUGGUCUCUGCACGACAACGUCUAUGGUGUACUUCAUUCCUGUACUUUUUGUCUUCAGCGAGUUUACGAGCCCUUCAGUUCGUGCAUUGCUAUCAAAGAUUGUAGCUGUGGAUGAAAAAGGCAAGGCUUUUGCUGUGAUGAGUGCUCUGCAGUCCUUUGCCAUGUUCACAGGGUCAUUACUGUUCAAUGGCCUCUAUCCAGCCACAUCAAAGUUCUUCAAGGGUUUUGGCUUUGAGUUUGCUGCAGCUCUACAAAUCAUCCCCAUUGGAAUUUUCCUGAUGGUCACCAAACCAAAAUCCAACGUGCUUUCAAAGCCUGAGUGCUAUGUCCAGCCCCUUCAAGAUGCACCGUGCAUCACCCUUGCUCACUCUGACCACUGUAACUCAAGCGGCUGUACCCAGUAACCUGAACCACGCCUGAAAUCAAGCAGAGCCUGCAAGACAGAAUACCUGCAACACAUUGCAAUCUAAAUAAAGAGUUCUAAAUGAUAUAACAUAAAGCUUAGAAGUUUCUUUAUAAAUUUGGCUAACUGUCAGAGCCGCGCACCUUGCUGUUGUCUGCAUAUAUGCAUUUCACUGUCGUCUGUGCUUUAACAGCGUCUGAAUAGGCACACAGAUACACUGCGGAAGGCAAACAUUGUUGGCCCACUGCAUUUCUAUAGCUUUCAUUUUCGCACUUUACUGGGAAAAAAAAAAAGAAGAAUGGAGGGUUGUGAAGCUGCUCGCUGCCGGUUAACGAGGAAAAGUGGCCUCGUUACUGAAGUCACUAUCGAUUCGAGUGCAUUUUGUUCAGACAGUUCUCUUUCUGUCCAAAAAUAUUUUCCACCGACCCCAAAUACCCCAUUAUUGUCAUUGAGCAAGGCUUGCAAGAGAAGGAGGCACAUCCUUGUAUUACUUUUUCACAAGAAAUUCUUAUUUCUGUGCUAUGGACCGCUCGCUCGAAACACGAUAUUCGAACAUUUAUAACCUUGUCUCAAUAAAAACGAUGCAGCAUGUUUUUCAUAAUAUUAUUCUACAGUCCUCAGAGAACAAUUUUGGUGACAUUGAGCAAGAUUGAAACGUUGUUCCAUAUAUAUUUUUCAGUGAAGUAAAAUUUUUCCAGUUUUGAUGUUCCGAGUAAAAAAAAAUUAUUACUUUAAAGAUUCGUAGAAGUCUAAAAAGGCACAGGUUUGUUAUCCACCAAAGGCCUAUCUCUGUAGUCAAUCGGAACACACUGGGAUGUACAGAGAAGUAGGAACAGACUCCCAAAGAUGAGCAUGUUUGAAAAAUAUAUUGCUUUCGUGAGUUUCUUUAAAAAUUCACUUUGUUCACAAAUCCAGUAAAUGCCAUGAGCUACUUACCCUUCCCUUCAAUUUACACUGUAAAUAAAUAAAUUUGAUGUAUUUAUAUUUGCGUGGCCUUAAGCGUUUUCGCAAACCUAAGAAAAAGCACAUUUCGUAAAAUUGUCGUCGUAAGCCACUGACCUUUGACGAUUUUUUACUAUUUACUAAUAGCUUUCUUUAAAAACAAAAAGUGGUUUAAUAUUAUUCAGUCACAUGUGCGUAAUUUGCAAGAUUAUCAGAACAAUAAAGAAAUUCAUAUAUAUCACCUGUUUCAACCCCUAAUCGAAUCGACCUAAUGCUGUUUAUUUAAGUUCUUAUUCGUGACUGAAAAAAAAAAAUACUGUACAACAUUUAAAAAAAUAUUUUCUUUAUUUUUCAACAGACACGUCGUUUCGUUAAGUUCCACAGUUACAUAACCUCAAUUUUGUUACUGGCAUCAUCAUCCAAACAUUGCACAAUUGCUAAUGAAGUAUUUGAGCUUAUUCUGUUAAAAGGAAAUGUUAAAGCGAUACUUAUGGUGUUCACAUCUUUCUGUUUAUUGUAAUGGCUCUGGUAGAACUGUAUCUGACAGUAUUUAAUAUUAUAUUUGUUGCAGUUUAUUGAUUUAGACAAGCGCUAUGUCAUAUGACAAUGUAUAAACUCUCACAAGAAAGCUUAUAACCACAUAUAUGUAGCGUAAGAGACAUGUCAUAUAUUGUUUUAAUUGUGCACAACUGUACUGGUCACACAACUUGUUUUUAAUGUUGGAAGCGUCUGUUCAAACUUUACACUGGAUAUAUUCCAUACUCCGUCCACAAAGCAGUCAAACAAUCUAGUUGCAAGAAUGUUUUAUUUUGUGUGAUGUGGUUGCUGAUGGUCAGCCUUAAGUUGUCUUGUUUAUCUGAUAUUGCAUGUAACAUCGUAAUGUGGUGAACCGUUGUUACUUAUUGAUCAGAUUUCGUUUAAUGUUGAGAGCUUGUGCUUAGUAUUCUAAUUCCAGCAACAUACCUGCAUGUUGUCAUUAUCACCUGAUGAAGUCUUUCAUAGUGUGCUGUUCAACACACACAUUCUUGCUUUGUUUUAUUCUGAUUUUAAUACCUUUAAGUGUUUUCUUGGCUCUCUUUGAAGCUGUCCCUUUUCUAUGAGAAGCUAAGAGACGUUGCUCUCAUACUUCUUUAUGUACUAUUUUGCACUGUGUGUUCUAGUUGAACAUAUAUGUAUGUAAGUACAUUACAAUAACAGUGAAACUUUAUUAAGUGAUUGUGACUGCUUAUGGAGCUUGAGCACGUAAGUGGCAUAGAGCAAAGAACAUUCCUUGGACCACUGGCAUAGCCAAGAUUUUAUAUCGAGAAGGGAGGGGGAAGGGUUCUGGAAUGCCACCUAUUAUGCGUACACGUGGUAGACUUAGCAUUUCAACGAAGUGUGGUGGGGGAUUUUGAGAGCUCUACUUUCCAUUUACCACUGCCGAGGACCGUAGAGACUUAUACUUAAGAGGAAGCUUUAGCUCGGACAUAACUCCUGUGCCACCUUAUUUAAAUACAUGUAAAACAUAGAAAUGCUUUUCUGAGAUAGAGAAACUUGAAUUCUAGUGACUGUUAGAAGCAAAAUAUUGAUUUAGGGCACUAAUUUUUAUUUUUUUAGAAGAUUGUACGAAAAUCGGAAAGUCUGAAAAAAAAUAGAAGCAUUAAGUUUGCAAAACUGCAAUUCUGCACCAACAGCAGAAAUCGCACUUUGUAAGCUGCAUCUGUUAGCACAUCCACAGUGAACAAAUUUGAUAUAUUCAUUUAUAUCUUAGGUAAAUUUCUUACAAUGUUUACAAGGGUCUUGUAAAAGUCCUGCUCACAUGUUAGUGGUGUACUUACAAGCCAUGUGUGACACAUAAAUUUUGUCUGCUUUACAUGUAUUAUUAGAUGCAGCUUAGAGAAUUGUGAUAUCAGUUUUCAUUGCUGAUUUAUAGAGUUGUAAACCUGAUGGUAUUGGUUUUCGAAGUGUUACUAUUUUGAACAAUCUUUAGUAAAUAAUUGAUGGUCUAAAUCAGUAAUUCGCUUCCAACAGUUACUAGAUUUAAUUUCUUUCUUUUCAAUGCAACAGAUUUCGUCAAAUUUGAUACUGUGGUUGCCGAAAAAAAUAAUUUGUCCUUUCCUAUGUAAAGAGUUAGGAAACCGCAAGCUAAAGCUUCCUCUUAAAGAGGCCCUGAAACACUUUUUUUGACAUAGUAAGAAAACAUUGCCGAUCUAUCAUAGAGGCUGCUCUGAACAUGUCAGCAAAAUAUUGCUGCACUGCCUCAGCAGGGAACCUACAAUCUCGUGUCAAGAACGGCAAAAAAUUGCUUGUUCUGGCUACUGCAGUAAAAGCAGCUGAACCCACCAACGCUAUUGGCUGAUUUCGUGAUCAUAAGAGCAUUCUCAGUAAUACACAAUUUCUAGUUUCGAGUUGAAUAAAUGCAAAAUAUAUAUGUCUCCGAUCUCAGAAAGACAGAAAAAUAAUUCAUUCUUUGCACUGCGCGUUGCUGCGUCAGCUGCACGUGGCCUGCGAGAUGGCAGCAGUGGGCUGGGUAGCUAAUAGUCUAUUGCGGCCACCAUGGGGUGCCGCGACGAGCUGUUUUGCCAUUGCAAAGCUAAACAUUUGGCCAGGGCCUUGCCCAAUUGACACCUCCAUUGUGUAGCUUCCAGUGCGCCAGAAAAAAUGAAGAGAGAGAAAGCCGGCUAUCAGUACGAUGACUCCACUUAUAGUUGGAAGAGUCAAACAAUUUCUUUUCGAAUUAGAUUCACGAGACAGCAUCCUUUAAUAAUGAUGCCAUGCUAUCAUUAGUUAGAAAAGUGUUUCAGGGCCCCUUUAAUAGGCCAGAACUGUAUUUCUGGAAUAAAAUGGUGUGGCUUGCUUCAUGUAAGCUCAAAGAUUUUUCCAGCCAAGAUGCAAGGUGUAAAACUGGAUUCCUCAAAAUGAGCAACCCGACAUUUUUCUUGAGCGGUAAGGAGUAAUCCUGUUGCUUGUUAUGGGUGUACUGAUGAGUUGUUUGUAGUCAAGUCCCUAUUGCAGAUAUAAAAGAACUUACUUAAUUCAUCUUCCUUGCUACCACAGCAAGAAAGCAUUAAAACCAGAACCCUUAUGAUUAUGAUAUUUGAGGUUUUAUGAUGCAAGGGCAAGGUAUGGCCAAUGAGCGCCAAGGCAGACAACUCAUAACACUUACAAGCUAUGAAAUAUUGAAUGUGAGCCAUUAGUCAGUGUUUUAACUUGAGAAGGAUUUAUCGAGCAAUUUAUUUAAGGUAUGAAGACAUUUUCAAUAGAAGUUUAUCAUUUCUUACAUACCUCUGACAAAAUUAUGCCCCUUUCUAAUUGUAAGAUUACUCAUAGGUGUCCACAUUGCCAGUGUAAUUUACAUAUAUUUUAAUUAUGUAGUAUGGUGUGUGCAAUGAGCAUGAUCUUUUUUUUUUUGCUGUUUUAGAAGAUACACCUGACAUUUUUGCUGUGUUAAAUUCUGAAAGUGUUGUGUAGGAAAGCUGCAGUAUGAUGGCAUAUCAAAUUACGUUGUAAUACAUUUUUGGUUUUUGUCUUUUUACUGGGACUGGGCUUCAACGGUGCGAUACACUGAAAAUGUAAGAGCACAUGCCAGCAAGGUUAUGCUGUGUAUAUGAGCACAUACACCUUCCAUCUGAAUUGUAGGCGCACUACAAUGUGCUUUAUGGUUAAGAAAUUUGUGUCAGUAUAGCUAAGGUGCUGACCACACAAACGUGCAUUUAGUGCAGAACCGCAUACAAUAAAAGGCGAGAUGACAGAAAGAAGCGAAAAAAAGUUUCAUACGCAUACAAUAAAAGUGAGGUAAACUUGGCAAGAACAUUUAUUUACAUCAGACUUUGCACUUCAUUAAUUGUCGUUGGACAGUUCUUUGUCCGAGAAUUCUUCCAAGAGAUAAUCAUCUUCCAUGUCGCCGAGUGCAUUUGAAAUGCCACACUUGUUAAAAGUGUGAUGCACCAGGUUCUGCAGGACACUCGCCAUGCAUCUGCGAUUCACUUGCACAAAUUGGCUGGCUAGAGGAUCAUCCUGUACACUAGAGGAUGAUAGUAGUAGGCAUGUAGCAAUAACAAAGUCAAAACACUGAGCCCGAUUUUUGACUGAAAUUUUGGUUUGGAUCCGCAUAUAGUACAAAGCGGAAAUUCGGUAUGCUAAAUAAUUGGUAAGAAUACUCAUUUUUUAUGCGAGUCUGUAGAGUAUUUUGUUUUAUAAAUAUUGUCCUUCCCAAUCUGCAAAGUUGUAUGUUUGUGAAUGUAAAUGCGCGUGUCUGCAUGAUCAUUUGUCCGUUUACUUUGCAAACAGCUGCAAUGGCUUUAUUCUGUUGGGAAAGUCUGGUGUCAUAUUCUUUAACAUGGCUGUGAUAUCACUCACCCUCUUUCAUUUUGUGGGAAAGUAGACACAUUCUCAAUUUUUUUCCCAUUUUGGUAAUGGUAGUAGGUAGUGCCAAUGUUCUGAAACUUAAUGCGCCUUCAUCAUUCAGUGAUCGCUGUCACUGUUUUACCUUAUCAACUACCUACUUGUGUUAAUUUGCAUGUGUCACUGGUGAUGGCCACGACUCUCAUUGAACACUAUAGAACAUUUUUUGCAGUCAUUUUGGGAUAGUUAUGUAAGAAACUAAUACUUUCAUCUUUCAGUCAUGCACAUAUACUUGAACAAAAGUCUGCUGUGAAGUAUCACAAUUUAGAACAUUCUGCAAAAUGAUGGCCUCAGUAAGGACACACGAGUCCCACACCUACACCUGCGGUGUCUUGCGUCUCAGUUUAUGCAAAGGGAACAUUUUGUAAAAAAACAACGUGAAGCACUGCCAAGUGUUGUUUUUUUUCUCUUUGGACUCAGUAGAUCCCUUGGAGUCUUGGGGAGACACACUACUGUUUAAGAAGCCUUGUUAUUUUGCACCUCCAGCACAAAGUGAACCUACUCAAUAUUGUAAUCAUCUGCAAUAAAUUCUCUUACUGUUACAAA